GCACAGGCAGAGAGCUCGCGAAGAGGACGAAGCAUCGCAAAGCCCCCCUAAAUCCCCUCCGUCUCCGGCGACCGACCCUCCCGGCGCCGCCCGCGGGAUGUCGUCGUCAUCGGCCCACCGCCCGCCGCGGGAGACGGACUUCGACCGCAUCCCGGGCUCCACCCCCAUCGUCAUCGACAACGGCGCCUCCACCUUCCGCAUCGGGUGGGCGGGCGAGAAGGAGCCGCGCGUCGCCUUCCGCAACAUCGUGCAGCGGCCGCGCCACCGCAGCUCCGCUGGUGAAACUGUCACGGUUGUUGGAGACACUGAUCCUGGUCUAAUGAAGUUCUUCGACUGCACACGGACGUCAAUUCGCUCGCCAUUUGAUGAUGAUGUGGUCUAUCAGUUCGAGUACAUGGAAUAUAUUCUCGACUAUGCUUUUGAUCGAUUAGGUGCCACUUCAGAGGUGGGCCAUCCCAUUCUUAUGACAGAGUGCGAGUGCAAUCCAUCCUUUUCUCGAGCACGGAUGUCAGAACUUCUUUUUGAGACAUACGGUGUGCCAUCUGUCGCUUUUGGCAUCGAUGAUGCAUUUAGUUACAAGUACAAUCAGAAGCUUGGAAACUGUGGAGAAGAUGGGUUGGCUAUUUCAUGUGAAUUUGGAACAUGCCAUGUUGUUCCAUUCUUAAAAGGGCAGCCUGUGUUGGGGGCAUGCUGCCGAACAAAUGUUGGUGGAUCUCAUAUUACUGAUUUCCUGAGGCAGCUUCUCUCUCUUAAAUAUCCCUAUCAUGCAGCAAGCAUUACAUGGGAAAAGGCUGAAGAGCUAAAGAAGGAACAUUGUUAUAUAGCUCCUGAUUAUAUGUCGGAGUUGCAGAUAUUCAAAAACAACAAAGAAGAAGCUGAGAAGAAAACUAGGUAUUGGCAGCUACCAUGGGUACCCCCGCCGGUAGAUGAGCCGCCAUCUGAGGAAGAACUUGCAAGGAAAGCAGCUCAGAAGGAAAGGGCUGGUCAACGUUUGCGAGACUUUGCUGCUACAAAGAGGUCUCAGAAGAUACAGUUAUUGGAAAAAGAACUUUCAGACCUAGAAGAAUUAAUGGAACAACUUGAUGAAGCUGAGGAACCGGAAGCAACAUCUAUUCUAGCUAGUGCUGGAUAUCUUUCCCGGCAGGAAAUCAAGUCUGCUAUUUUGAAGAAAAUACAGUCCAUAAGAAAAGCAAAGGGGGAGUCCAAUGGCAACGAGGAGAAAGCAGAUGUUUCAGAAGCUGAUAAGUAUCCACUUGUAUCUGUCCCUGAUGAGACAUUGACACCAGAGCAGUUAAAGGAAAAGAAGAAACAGAUACUGCUUAAAACCACAACAGAGGGUCGGCUGCGCGCCAAGCAGAGGCGUGCUGAGGAGGAAGCAUUGAGGGAGAAGCAAGAAGAAGAAAGGCGCACGGAGAACCCAGAGUUAUACUUUGAAGAGCUCCGUGCCCGAUAUUCAGAUCUUUCUGAGAAAAUUGAUCAAAGGAAGCGACAAAAAGUUAACGGCAACAAUAAUUCAUCUGGUGCUGUAGGCCGUGGCGAGCGCCUAAAUGCCGCCCAGAAAGAAAGAAUGCGGCUGCUCACUACUGCUGCAUUUGAUCGGGGAAAAGGGGAGGACACUUUCGGAAUGAGAGAUGAAGAUUGGUUGGUAUACAAAAAGAUGAGCAAAGACACUGAUCAGGAUGAUGAUGAGAACGAUUAUGAUGAAUCAGAACUUGCUCGAAUCACAUCGAAGCUCCAGGAGGUGGACCCUACAUUUGUGAACAAACAUGAAGCUGCUGAACCAACUCCAGACCCUCAUAAAGUCCGACCUCUUACUGCCGAAGAUUUCAGAAUCGCCAUAGGGAUUGAGAGGUUCCGCUGCCCUGAAGUACUGUUCCAGCCGGGCAUGAUCGGAGUCGACCAGGCAGGCAUUGAUGAGAUGGUCAGCAUCUCGCUCAGGAGGCUAAUGGAGGAUGAGUCUGUGAAGGAGCGCCUCUGCCAAUCCAUCCUUGUCACCGGGGGCACCUCACUGUUCCCCGGCAUGAUUCCCCGGCUGGAAUCAGGGAUCCGGCAGUUCAGGCCAUACCUUGCGCGGCUGAAGCUCAUCAAAGCAGCCGACCCCAUUCUGGACGCCUGGCGGGGUGCUGCUGCCUUCGCGGCUUCCAGCAAGUUUGGGACGCAGACGUUCACCUUGGAGGAUUACAGAGAGCAUGGCGAGAACCUGUUCCAUCGGUACAACAUUGUGUACACAUUGUAACAGCGUUCUUUCUUGCAGUGAUGAGCAGCUAACCUAGAGACACUGAUGCCUCUUGCUUCUGAACCCUAUGUGAUAGUAUCAAUUUUUUUUCACAACAUAAGCUCUUUAGUGUUUAGUUAGCGUGUUUCCCCUGUUGAUACGGCGAAGCUUUAAGAUCGCGUGGUUGAUCUGGGCCUUCUGUUUUUUGCUCAACUGUCACAGAAAAUGACUAUUUUCCUAACGCUUUAAGAUGCAUUAGGAAUGA